GUUGAAUGCAGAGCAUACAAGUACCCGUGAAAGUCCUGCAAAACUUUUCAAAUCUCGAAUUCUCAAAAAGCAUCUGAUGUCCACGACUUCUAAUGUACAUUAUUACAAAGGGAAUGACUAUAGACCUUCUGUUGGAAUUAUACUACAAAAAAUGGGAAAUCGAGUGGUGAAGAUAUUAGACAUCAAAGAUCACUCAGUUCAUAACGGACACCUGGACAAAGUGACAAUAAAUGAAGUAGGUCGUUCCAAUUAUAAUAUUAUUGAUUCCGCUAAUAAUCCUGAUUUUGUAGAUAAUUCAGAAAUAAGUCCAGAUAAUACUGAUGAAAAUAAUAUCACAGAAUCAGUUAGAAGGUCGCAGCUACUUGCAAGCAAACCGAGACAUCGUUAUAAAUACGCAAGGAGACAUUCGACGUGUGGCGGAUGUGGUGAUUGACAAUUUCUAUCUCUGUAUUGUUUAAAUACUUACUGUUGAUUGUUAAU